AUGUCCGGUCUGUAUGCCGAUAACAAAGCUGCCCAGUAUGGGGUCACUACCGCCUUCACCUUUCUAGUUGUAACGGACCUGAUCGGAAACACCCUGGUCAUACUGAUCAUUCUGACCAAUAAAUCCAUGAAAUCACCAAUGAACUACCUCCUGAUCAACCUUGCUGUUGCCGACAUGACGUUGGGAGCCUUCAUGUCACCGCGUGUAAUCCUGAGCCAUUUUUUUACCCAUCCUGACGGCCUGAUAGGGAAGCUUUUGUGCAAAUUCCUAACCGGAGGAAACGUUGCAUGGAUUGGUGGUGUUGCCUCGGUGGCAACUCUAAUCAUCAUCUCGUUCGAGAGGUAUAUUUCUGUUGUGUACCCCUAUUCUACAAGGUACAAGCUAACGAUACCGAGAGUCAAGCGGAUUGUCCCAGCUUGCUGGAUUUUGGCCGUUCUGGUUUGCGUUCCCUUAUUCCUGUCAGUAGAGUAUAACGUCAAAAACGACUCCUGCAUCUACGUCUGGCCCAACGACCGUGUAGCUAAGGCGAACAUCAUAUUCUGGGUGAUCACUUUUGGAUUGGUUCCUGUCUUUAUUAUGCUUGCCCUCUACAGUAGAGUCAUCCACAGGCUUUGGUUUAAGCACACCAACGCCUCAAACGGCACCCAGCUGGCGAUACUGAAAUCCAGAAAGAGAGCUACCCAGAUGAUGGUCACCGUGAGCAUUGUCUAUGCUUUCUGCUGGCCUCCUUUCAACUUCAUUGGCCUCAUCCAUAACUUUGGAAAAGGAAUGAGCUUCGCACAAGUCUCUCGCAUAAGCAGCCUUGUCCUGGUUACCUUCAACUCAGCCAUCAACCCUUUUAUCUAUACUUUCCAGAGCGAAACGUUUAGACGCUGUUUGAAGAAGCUAGUGUGUGGAAGUAAACGACGGAAUCGUGUGUCACAAGCUGAUGCUGGGAGACAAAAAAAUACGCAGUUGCCUCCAACACCAAACGUUACUAGACCAUAA